GUAAUGUAUACAAGGCACUUAGCCAAGAUUAUCCGGGAAAAGAAACUUCCCAUUACCGUGACUGCUUGCCAUCCAGGAGGAGUCGAUUCCAAUAUACUCAGGGAGUCUGGAUACCAAUGGGUUAGGGUAGUAUUCAGACCUCUUAUGUGGUUCGUGCUCAAAACCGUCGAAGAUGGAGCUCAACUACCGAUUUUUCUCGCACUAAGCGAGAAAGCAUAUAAAGGCAAUGGGGAGUACUUCAAAGAUUUCGCAGUCAGCGUCGUGCCGGAGAAGUGCCAAAACAGUGCGGCUUGUGAAAGGUUAUACGAAGAAUCAAGGAAGGCCGUAGCUCUUGACUGA